AUGUCAUAUAUAGGAUUUUGUGCCACGCUUUGUGCAGCUCCGGGAGAAGUGACUCCAAACCCUGGAUUUGUGAUAAUAUCGGAUUUUGGUGGCAGUUGGUGUAUUGUCGAAACUAAUUUCGAGAGUGAAGUAUUCGAUCUUCAAGGAAUGUUGGAAGUUGGUGACGUUAUACUUAAAUAUAUUUCGUCGUUAGGAAAACAAGCGAUUAUAAAGAAUGGCGGUAAACAAUAUGGAACAAUGGUGUAUGGGCGUCCUCGAGUUAUGCUUAAAAGUCUAGGAGCAUACGCUUAUUGCAAGCGGCACCGUGUAGAAACGAUUCAUCGUUCUUAUGAGGAACUACCGCCGGCGACUGGUGGGAUACCAUUUCAGUGGAAUGGUCCUCCUCCCACUACAUCGACCAGACGUACGACUACAACGACUAAAAUUCCAUCACCGCCAACCCCACAGCCGACCCCACAGCCAACCCCACAGCCGACCCCACAGCCAACGCCACAGCCAACCCCACAGCCAACACCGGUGCCUGACCCACAACCUACAACUACUAAACGCACUACAACUACGACCACGGCCACGACUACUAAACGCACUACACCUACGACCACGGCCACGACUACUAAACGCACUACAUCUACGACCACGACCACGACUACAAGUAGACCACCUACCGUUACUAAUGCAACUGAGGGCGAUGCUACUACAGAAAAGGAUUGGUUGCUGAUUCGUGAGGAUACUCCUAGCAACGCAACCAACUCUGAUUGGACUUGGACAGACUGGCCGUGGAGACUAGCAGAUAUAUUAUCUCCAAGUUCAUCCAAUACGUACGACAAUUACGCUAGCAACGGUAGACUCGUGAGAGAAUUGGAUGCGUGCAAUCCUGUUGGUGACACCGAUUAUGACCCUUUAACUUUACGAAAACUAGAUAAGACUCCGAUACCUACAACUGCAUCUACGAGAUCACCAUCUACAAACUCUCCAUCUACAAACUCUCCAUCUACAAACUCCCCAUCUACGAGUCCCAGUACAACGACUAAACGUACACUAGUAAUUGGUGGAGGUGAUGAUGAUGACGAUGAUUCUUGGUUAGUUACCACACAGUCGGCAACUACAUCCACGAAUGAUGCGUGGAACUUAUGGCCUUGGAAUCCUGCAAACCCAGCGAUAUCUUCAUCGACAACACACUCGUAUGAAUUGUCUAUUAUGCUCGUAUCGCUAUAUUUGCUGUAUAUAAUAUCUAGUAUAUAA